AUGACAUCGUCAGCACCUAUCGGAUUUAUACCCAAACAUGCCCAACCAUUCUCUCUGGAGGAAGCUAUGGGUCUGGAAGUAGAGACACUGGUGAACGAGAUCAAACGUUUGGAGAAUUCAAUCAAGUACUUGCAGCGUACCCAAUCCGACCUCAAAUCGUACUUAGAUUCAGAAGAGGGCAAAGAAGAGGAAGAUGGGGAUGGGGAGAUAGGAAAGGCAUAUAAAGAGAAUGAAGAUACGAUAUCUAGUCAAUCUGAACGUAUAACCCUUAUCAAAUUCGCUCUUGUCAACAAACUAGGUUCAGAUGCUCGACUGGAACAUUAUGGAUUAUCAAUCGAUCAACCCAAAUCACAGUCUAAUGGCGCAGGUCAUUCUUCCCAACCACCACCACAGACACAGACAACAAAUCAUGGGACAGACUCGGGUAUGAACAUAGAUAUUGAUAGAUUACCUAGAAAUAUAGUGGAAGAUCAAGGUGGAGGAUCGGCUGCCCCUUCUUCAUUGGACGAGCCUAGUGAAGGUGGAUUGCAUCUGUGA